ACCUUCUUCUAUCCCGAUUGAGACCUGCCAUACACCCAGGCAGUAUUCGUGACGAUAAAGACUACAAGAACGAGCUAGGAACAUGCCGAGCGUUCUGACGUAUACGUAUUACCAGCAGAUGCUGGACAAGCUCAAGUCGAGUGAUCCGGAUUUCAGAUGUAUGGCGAUCAUCGAUUUUCAAAAGGAAGCGAAGCAGAUCGGAUAUAGGAUCGAGGAUUCCGUGGAAAAGGAUCUGUUUAAAGAGAUCUUGAAGCUCGUGCUCGAAGAUGGGAAUACCGAGGUCAAGAACAUGGCGGCGCAAUGUUUGGCUACUCUGACGUACUUGUCACAGAAACCGGGUAAUAUCGUCUCGGCCGUGGAUUCGUUGUUGAAGAGCUCGAACACUGGGGAAGAGGAACAGAGGGAUAUCGCCACGCUAGCGCUGAAGAAUAUGCUCGUGGAACUGCAUGAGCAGAAUGCGGUGGUGCUCGAGGUGAUCGACAAGGUGAUACAGGGGGUUUGCAAACAGUUGCAGAACAACACCAUUCCAACACAACACGCCGUCGAGCUCCUUGACAUCCUUUCCCUCAUCUUUACUCGAUUCUCGGCACAGCUCUCGACCAAGCCGGCGCUGCAGACCAUCUGUCUUUCCGUCCUCCUGCACUUGUUGUCGAGUUCCCGACCACACAUUCGAAAAAGAAGUAUCGUCGCUCUCGGCUACCUCGUCCCUACCUCCACUAGGGAAGUCUUCAAGGUGCUCUCGGAGCGCCUGAUCGGGGUUCUGGGAGAUGGGACCGAGGAGAUGGAGACAGAGGAAGAUGAAGGGAUCGACGAGACGGUGAAGAAGACGGCUUAUGCUGCUUUGGUCGGUACGUUGGGGAAGACGAGUCCGGCAAAGGUUGGCAAGAUCUUGCAGGACGUCGUCCCGGGUAUCCUGUCCUUGUCCGAGGCUACCGAAGAGGAGGACGCGCUCGAGGCUAGCAUGACGACGCUUGAAAUACUCGUAGUGAGGUGUCCGACCGAGAUCACCCCCUUCCUCACCCAGAUCACCGCUAGAGCUUCGGGAUUGCUGAAAUACGAUCCUAACUAUGCGGGCGGAGAUGAUGAUGAAGAUGACGAGAUGGAAGCGGAUGACGAGGACGAGCUCGACGAAGACUUUGAUGAAGACUACUCGGACGACGAAGACGCUUCCUGGAAGGCCCGGAGAUCGGCGGCCAAACUCUUGCAAGCGCUCAUCUCGACUCGAAUCGAACUUUUGAACGACUGGUACGCUUCGGUGGCACCGCUUCUGACGUCUCGCCUAAGCGAAAGGGAAGAGUCCGUGAGGCUCGAGGUGUUUGCCGCUUGGGAAGCGCUUCUCAAGCAGACCGGGUUGUAUGGCGGUUCGAACUAUGUGAGUGCCGGCGAGGCACCAACGGGAUUGAAGAGGAAGCGGUUGGACAGCCAGUCGAACGAGAACGUCUUCACCACCAGUCCGUUGGCCAGCCAGACAGUACCUCUCACCAGAGCUGCCUUGAAACAAACCACCACCAAAUCGGUCCCCACCAAGGAAAAGAGCUUCAAUCUGCUUACAUCGGUCGUCAAGCUAAUCCCGGGCUGUCUAGACGGCCAGGCUUCAACCGUCGUUGGAAACGUCAGAAAGGCACUCAGCGGGGUCUCGACUGGGUCGGGCGGACACAACAACACUUCGCUCGUCAUCUCGAUCCUCGCCUUUUUGGGCGCCUUUGUGGAAUCGCAUCCGUCUCGCAUCUACGCUAGCUCGUUGCCCGAGUUGGUGGAUUCUACGGUCGCAUUCAUGGCGGAUAAGUACCAGCGGGUCAGUCUCGAAGCGCUCGGGACCGCGGCGAGUCUGGCCAAAGCUUUGCGUCCCGAGCCGGCGUCUCAAGGAGACUCGCCUCUCCCUUCAUCUUACGUCGCUCCGGUGCAAAAGCUUUACGAGGCCGUCUGUGACAUCGUUAGCAGCACGGCUGCGGAUUCUGAUGUCCGGGACAAGGCCAUUCAUGCGAUCGGCGACUUGCUCACUCACGAGGGCGAAGUACUCGCGUCCAUGUACGACAAGUCGCUUCCCCUGAUCACCGCUCGUCUCAACACCGAUUCGAACCAGCUCGCUGCGCUCGAGGUCAUUGGCGAUAUUGCCGAAUCCAGGUCCUGCUCUGGAGCUCAGAUUGAGCAAUGGCUGGCUAGCGUUCUCGAACAAUUCCCCGCCCUCCUCCGUCGUUGUCCCAAACAGAACCGGGGCAAGGCCUUGAGUGUGCUAGAAACGCUGUUGACGAGAUUUGGCGAUCAGCUUCCUGCCGACGUAGCGUCAUCGAUCGUGACAGAGCUCAAAUCAUAUGUGACCGUACAGGAUUUGCACAAUCUCGGCGCCACGAUGCACGUCGUCGCUCAGCUGCAAAAGCAGCAGCCCGCCCUGAGGGAACACUUGGAGACCGAAGUCCUGCCCGCCAUCCAGGAGGCUAUCCAGUCGCCCUUGCUUCACAGCGCCGCCCUCGAGGGAAUCCAAGACUUUUUCGCAGUCUUUGUCCGUGCCACCCCGGAAGGCGCCCAAACAGUGGUGCCCAAGCUGUUCAAGCUGAUCGCUCGACCCGAUCGAUCGAUUCCCACUGCCGAGGAUGGCGGAACCCAGGCGUUUGCGAAUGUCGCCAAAUGUAUCGGUACUGCGGUGGAAAACAGUCAGUCGUCUGCGAAGGAUAUCGUCGCAGAUUUCAUCAAGUUCGUCAAGAAAGGAGAGACUGGUACCGACGCCGAGUUGUAUCUGUCCUUGCUGAUUUUGGGAGAGAUCGGACGUACUACCGACGUCUCGCAAGCUGCUGACGUGUACCAAGCCAUCCUGAAGCUGUUUGCCGCGUCGUCAGAGCAGAUCAAGAGUGCCGCAGCCUUUGCCGCUGGUAACAUCGCUGUCGGUAAUACUGCUGCAUUCUUGCCGGUCAUUGUCAAAGGUGUCGCCGAGGCAGAGACGCCAGCAGCGCGUCUUCUGUACCUGCACGCUCUGAAAGAGGCCAUCGUCCACUGUUCAGACGAACAAAUUGUCGGGAUUGCCGAUUCGCUCUGGGAGCCGCUUCUGGCUGACGAUGACGAUAGCCAGGACGACGGGGCUAGGAACGUCAAGGCGGCCUGUAUCGGCAAACUUACGAGCGCGAACCCCUCCAAGUAUAUUCCGGAAUUGCGGGCUCGAUUGCCUACAGCCAGUCCGGUGGUCAAGGCAACCAUCGUGGCAUCGACUCGGUACACGUUGACGGAUUCAAGCACGGCUGGCGAUGAAGUAUUGGCCCCGGCUAUCUACGACUUUUUGGCUCUGAUGCAAGAUUCGGAUCACGUCGUCCGACGACUGGCGGUGUCUUCCACCAAUGCUGCGGCGCAGUACAAACCGCAGCUCAUCAUCAACCAGCUUGCCAGUCUGAUGCCCAUGCUGUACGCUGAGACCGAGGUGAAGAAAGAGUUGAUCAGGGAGUACCAGAUGGGACCGUUCGUCGUGAAAAUGGAUGAUGGCUUGAACAACCGAAAGGGGGCUUUCGAGGCGAUGCAGACUCUGCUGAACACCUGCUUUACUAAGAUGAACGCAAACGAGCUGUUUGACAUCAUCCUCGUCGGGCUCGCCGACUUUGACGAAGUCAAGCUUUUGGCGCUGAUGAUGCUGCAACGACUGGCCGCAUUGGCUGAAGGUAUCGUCGCCGCUCGCCUGGACGACCUGGUCGAAAGCAUCGAGAACAUUGCAAAACCUAUUGUCGCGGCCAAGGACGAUACCGAACAAGAUGUUCAGCGCAAGGAGGACUCUCAAAAGACCGCCAUCGGCUGCAUCGCGCCUUUGGCCGAGAUCAGCACUCCCCAAACCUGCCCCAAGUUUGACAAGCUGAUCAACGAGCUGGCGCGUGACGCCAAGUGGCACGCUGUGUUCGAAGCCGCUCAUCGAUGAUGGUGAUGAUAUAUACUACACGACAUAACGACAUGCAUCUCUUUACGUAUACAUAGCGACUCGAACUUGUAC